AUGUUCAUGAUCAAAGCUUGUGUCUAUCCCUCGAUGAGCACUGAUGACAAGUAUCAACCCUCUCAGGACCUUGAUGCUGGCUCAAGGACUCUGAUUCCUCAUUGGUCUGGAAGGAAAAGGUUGCUGUUUGCUGCAGGAGCAUUGUUGGAUUCCCAAACCACAGACUCACAAUAUGUCUUGGAUUUGGAGGGCAAUACAGAUGGUCAGAACACCAGUACCAAGAUGCUGGGAUGGAAGGAUGCCACUGUCCAAGCAACACUUUUUGUACGUAAGACAACUAACCUGGGUCUGCAAGCUCGCCAGAGUUACAAAAACGAAAGAGUUGCGAUCAUUGUCGGUCAGUAUCUUUUACCUGCACGUAACCACGAAGCCAAGCCAACGUUGGAAGACGAUCGCGGCCAGUAUCUUUUACCUGCCUGCAAUUUGAACCCGGGCGUCCAAGCUCAGCACUUUUGGGAUCACAUCGGCCAAUUCAUCAACACAGGGUUAUUGGCCCUCAUCGGCCCAUCAGCAGGCACCAUCAACUAUGGCCUGUUUGUAUUGUCGGGCCUCUCAGUGUUGGUGGGUGAUUCCUACUAA